AUGCCUAAUGUUGCACGAGAGUCCAGUGGGCGCCCCAUGCGCCAGACCGUUGUUAUGAGAAUGGCGCGUGAGAGCAGCAAGGCGUCUCCAGUGAAGUACGAACCCCUCCUGAUGAUUGAUUCACUCGAAGCGCUACGAAGUGACGGGCAAUUAGCGCUCAACGAUGACAAAGGUGAAAAGGUCGCUCGACUACAGUCUCGACAGGCUCUCCAAGAAAUCCACAUGAACGAGAUCCGGGCAGCGGCAAGUCCCAUGCGCAAACUCAACCAGAGACGAAGAGAGUCGAAUUACAGCGCCAUGUCGGAUUCCCCCCGGACCCCCAGGAUUUCAGACCAUGGAGCGCAGGCACGAAGAAGAGGGGGGUUGAAUAACCAAUCGCGCCAUAACAGCGAACACUCGCGGAACAGCAUUGGGCGCGUCACCGAAGACAACGGCGUCACACCCAUGAAACGCGUCCCGAUUCUCGCCAAUUUCGAAGAGUGGAUGAAAAUGGCAACGGACAAUAAGAUCAAUGCUGCAAACUCGUGGAAUUUUGCACUGAUCGACUACUUUCAUGAUAUGAGCCUGUUGAAAGAAGGAGACGGGGUCAAUUUUCAGAAGGCGAGCUGCACCCUCGAUGGUUGCGUCAAGAUCUACACGAGCAGAGUCGACAGUGUUGCCACGGAGACUGGCCGCUUGUUGAGUGGUCUUGCUGACGGCGGUGGCUCUGACGCGAGCAAGAAGAGAAGUAAGGGUGAUGGCGAGGAGGAUGAUGAAAACGAGGAUGGCGACGACGACGAAGACGGUGAUGACGGGGAAGGCGGCGGGAAGAAAAAAUCCAAGAGGAAACCCGCCCGAAGCCAUGAAGCCACGCUCGCACCCGGCUUUGCGACUUUCCAGGGUAAAAAGCUGGAACUCGAGUUUGCGGUCGAUCCGCUUUUCAAGAAGGCAUCUGCGGAUUUUGAUGAGGGAGGUGCUAAAGGCUUGCUCCUGAAUCAUUUAUCUAUUGACUCUGACGGGCGCAUCGUGUUUGACAGCAGCGAUGAUGCGGGAGAUGCUGCUUUGGCAGGUGACAAGGAAAAGGAACAGGAGGUGGGCUCGACAGAGAAAGAACAGCAGGAGCCCGAUUCCUCCACUCAGGACGAGGAAUGUGUUGCGGAUGAUCAAGACGAAGAGAUCGACCUGGCUUCUCUGGCCGCCAAGUUCUUUCCGGAUAUGAGCAUACUGGACUCACAGGAUGUCUGCCCUUCUAUGAAAUCCUUUACGUUGGGCGAUCCAUCUGGAGACCUGAACUUGCCCUUCCUUAAAGUCCCCGAAGACUGGAAAGAGCAGAAACGCUCCCAGACCCCGGCACCUGCAACAAAUCUCUCCCUCAAUCUGGCCGAUCAGACAGGAAUCUUCCUCGAUGGAAGCAACGCCAUGGGUUUCGAUGAUGACGACGACGACGGCGACGGAUUGCUCGGCGGUUUCGACGUUGCAGAUAACGUGGGAUUCGGCGAAGGAGGAGAAGCUUGGGCGAAAGAUGCUGCGAUUGAGGCUCAAGCCCGAGUUGCGCGAGCCGAUGACGUGGAUGACAACCUGUUGGAAAAUGGGGGUGACGGAUACGCAUUGUCUCUGCAGCAAAAGUACCAAGAGGAUGCAGAGCACGAGUCCAUCAUGGCUUAUUUCGACAAAGCAUUCAACUCACGCGCCAAAGGCAAGACAGCAUUCCUCACCCUGGAAAACUGGCGGAUGCAGAAAAUCCAAAAAGCACAACAACAAGAAGUUAGUGGCACCAAUGCUCCCCCCACGAGACAGAGGAAGGAAAAGGAGCCAUAUGAGAUUGAUUUUCUGGGCCCCAUGUCAGACUCUUUGAAGGAGUCACUUGAACAACCCCCCGUUCUGAAUUCGCAGAUCUCCCUACCGAAAUCACAGUGGCGGACAAAGGGCCGGAAUCUGCUCGACAAAGACGACGAGGUGGUGGACCCCAGGAAGUUAAUGCGCUUAUGGACUAAGCCCAAGUGUCGGGUGGGAAGAAUCAGGAGAAAAGAGGGGGGCGUGGGUUUGGGCAUUAUCGACGAGGGUUUCGGGGCGAGGAACCGUAUCGGAACCACGAACGCCUUUGGUGAAGGUGCUGGUAAUGAGCUGGAUGACGAGGACAAAAAGGGGGACUAUGAUGCGAACUUCUUUGCGGAUGAUGAUCAGUUGCUUCCCUUUGACGGCCCAUUGCCCAUUGACGAAGAUGACGACGACGAUGGGAUUGGUAUUGGAGGUGGUGGUGAUGAUGGCGGACAGGCUUUUAUGGACGCGAGGGAGAUGUUGUCCCCUCAACCGGAGCCACAAGGUCAGCAUCUCAACCUUCUCGGCGGCGAGGCUGCAGCGGACAAUGAUCUCGCUGGAUCUGAGCAGUCACAGCAAAACUCGCAACCACCACAAAGUCAACCUGAGCUUCUUCCGGGCAGUUUCGGAAGCCAACUCGUCACACAAGCUGGAAGAAGAAUUCGACCCGAGUACGUCAAUUACGCAAGAACGGCAAAGAAGGUUGACGUGAGGAGGUUAAAGGAGAAUAUGUGGAAGGGCAUGGAGGGCCGGUUGAAGUUGAUCAAUGUGUUUGACCGACCCUCCGCCGCAACGGCGACCGAGCAGCAACAGAUUGACAACGGCGGCGAUGGCGAUGGCGAUGGCGAUGUCGAUAUGAUGGACAUUGACGACCAGCCUCAGCAUGAAGCUCCACUCAAAGCCGAGCCUACCGAUCCGGGUCGACCAAACACCGCUGAUGAAGGGACGCUGAACUUCACCGACCUUAUCCAAGACCUUCGCUCCUUCUACCCGGAACCCCAGAUGAAGGAUAUCAGCACAUCGUACUGUUUCAUCUGCUUAUUACAUCUGGCGAACGAAAAGGGGUUGGUAUUAGAGAAUGAAAGGGACGGGAAUACCGCCAUGCAGGAGAUUAGGGUCACCAGGGACCCGACGGUUGGGGAGGGAUAUGAAGGAGAAUGA